AUGGGUGCAAGUCUUCAGGAUCUGGUUUCUUCUCCUGGCACAGAGUCUCUUGGCACCCUCGAGAGAAGAUCAGUGUUUCUCCCAUCAAGUAGUGAAGGAACAACUCAGAGCUCUGGGGCUUCCAAGUUCUUCAGAUCUCCUAGCAAUAACUUCCCAGGUCCCACUUCAAUUCCAUCUCAUGUGGCAAGCUCAAGGAAGACCCUCUUUGACCAGACGGCCAAGUAUAAUGAAGAACGUGAUACUGCUGGAUUGGUUGCUACUAACUCCCCCACAGAUGUCACCAUUCCUGUAACUCAACCUCUCUCCUCCCGUUGGGUCUCUGCUGGACACCCAACUGAAACCACCGCUCAUUUUAUUAUGUCUACAUCUGAAACCUCCACAAGGUUGCAGUCCGAAGAGACCACUGCGGUUUCCGCUCAGCAGCAAGUGGAACCUCUGAGCCUCACUUGGUCUUCACGUGGACACGUUCCCAGAAGGAUGGAGCCCCGUGAGGUUUCCCCUCCGUCAACUGCAAUGGCUAGAUCCCAUCUUGAUCCAGAGGAUUCCACAGCAAUUCAUCCUUAUGAAGAAAGUGUCACGGCUUCUCCACCUAUCCACGGCUUAGUUGCCCUGGUGGGUUCUUCAACCCAACCAUCGACAACAGAUUCCAUCUUGCAGGCAUCUCGACAGCUUGGAGACAGUUUCACAACGCCGUUGACAAGUUCCAGUCCACCGAGCUUAUCUACUGUGGAAGCCGAAUUUUCUCCUGAUGCGGCUAAUGAUGGGAGCGAUCGGAUAGUGCCAAGAUCUACUGAUAGCAUUCCUACGUCUGCAGCCGAGACACCAAGAAACCAAGUUUCACUUGGAGUGACACAGCUUGCUUUUGCAACUGCAACUGUUGGCCCUCUGAAGGAAGCCAAUCCUUCUCUUGAACCCCCGAGUUCUCUUUUGAAAGAACACAUCGAAAGCUUCCCAACAACUCUGUCUUUUGGAACUUCCAAAGAAGAUGAGAUCUCCUUGGUUUCUCACAGCAUACUAAAUAGCUCCCUUGUGGAAGCCAUCAAACUGGAACCAAAGGACAACACUUCCUCCAUUGUUGAAAGCUUGGUUGGCCCUACAGUGAGCUCCAUCGAUGGGCCCAUCUCAGUUUCCUUUCAGACCAAUCUGUUGGACACUACUGAUGACAGGAAGCCAUUAGAGACCCAACACUAUGGAAGAAAGAGGCAGAUCUCAGCAAGUAUGGAAGAGAUACCUACUUCAAAGUCUCCUCCAACUGCUAUGGAAGCUGAUUCAGUCAGAAAACUGACCAAUGUCCAGCCAGUAGAUGCCUUGCCAAAGAGAGGAACUGGAGCUCCUCCAUUAUCUCCUCUAAGUUCUACCACUCUUAUGUCCAAGAUGUGGCAAACAUCAAAGGACUCUUCUGAGCCUGAGACAACUGACUCUGCUGUUCCAUCAUUCCCAUAUUUAGAUAUAGGAGAUGUUCUACAUCCAAUUGGAGCAACCUCAACUAGACUGACCUACACUGAUCUUCUAGAAGGAUACACCACUAGUCCUUCAGUGGAGUCUUUGGGCAGUUCUUCUGUUGAACAGAAGCUCCCUAGUCCAUCACAAUCUCAUCCCACAGUUUCUCUUCCAGGUUUGAUAGAAUUUGAUAGAUCUUCAGUCCCACCAUCCCACCGCUCUUUAUCAUCAAGCAUGACCUCCAUUCCCGUCUCUGGAAUCAGUGUCCCCGAGACAACUUCAAAAACAUUUAUUAACAUUACAGAGGGCCACCUAGUUAGAAUAGGGCAGGUGAUGCCUAGAGGUACAAAGUCAUUCAGUGCCACCCCACUCCCUCUAGAGUCAAGGAGUACAGGGGGUGGAAUAGCACUGUUCUUACCUACAAAAGUUCCUAGAGUCGGCUUGCGUACCUCUUCUGAGAUGGCCACCUUGGAGAACGCAAUGGGACACCAGGUCACAACUACCUCCACUGCAAAUAAUAUACAAGCGAUUGGCAGAUCAACGUUGCCCAUUCGUAGCCCAAGUUUCACCACAUCCAAUAAUUCUAGUGUUCCCGCCUAUCCUUCAUCUGUCCUGGAGACCAGAUCCAGCCAGGGAACUCCUAUAUUUUCUGCUUCAGCUACGCUGUGGACCACUCAAAGAACUCUUCCAGUUGAGCCAAAGACUACUUGUAGGAACAUCUCUUGCCCAGCGAGUAUCUCCACGCCACCUCAGAAUAAUAGAUCAGCUCAAAGCAUGACUCCCCAACCAUUCUUGGCUAGAAGGGAUUUGAGCACUAUCUCAGGGACAAGGUCGCCCAAGGAGAGCACCAGUGGAUCCAGAUCGGAAGAGAGAGACGCAACGGAAUUACCCAGAACCAAAAUUGUGACACGGGUCCAACAGGAUCCUUCUUCACAGCAGCCCAGGUCCAAAUUCACCACCUCGCCAUUCAACCAGUCGGCGAAGGAGGAUUUGACCCUGGGUACAUUCGCUUCAACUGUUCCGGCAGUGCGUGUUCUGUCUCUGUGGUUUCGUCUCCUCAAAAUAAAUUACACCAACUCCCUGAUGAACAAGUCUUGUGAAAGUUAUAGGAGACUGGAAAAAGAAAUCAAAUUAACAUUAAAGAAGAUACUGUCUACCUAUGAGAACUUUCUGCACGCAAAGGUUCUUCGUUUCUUGAAUGGAUCUGUCGUCGUGGAGAGCCAGGUGGCCUUCCAGGCAACGGGCCUUCUUCCCACCCCCUCGGACAUCAUACGGACAAUUGUGACAGAGGUUGAGAGCCGGAAAAUAGAUGCCUUUUUUGACUGGAGGAUAGAUGUGAGAUCUUUGCACUUAAAUGGAUUCAGCUUGAAAAAUCUAGAACCUGAGAAUUUGGCUGUAUUUUUCAGUCUCCUGGAACUGGGCUCCACAUUUGGUGACGAGAACUUUGCCCAAGAACACUUGGAAAGUCUGAAGAUCAAGAUGAAACAGUUGCUUGGGACCCGAUAUGCAGUUCAUUUGAUCUCGCUUAUUGAUAACCGAAAUACCCAAGGUGGCGUUGACAUAAAUGGAAAUAUCUUCAUCAAGAGUGAAAUUCACGUGGAAGUCCCCUGGAUUCUCAGAGCACUGACUGGGCUUUCAAACGUCUCUGUGGACCUCAUCUCGCUCUCCAUCAAUGGUUCAAAGCUCAGCCUCCAGGUCUUCCCAGUGUCCUUCAUGAUCACCAACAGAAUAUUCACGGAGAAGAUGCUGGACCGUUCUUCUGUAGAAGGUCAGAACAUUGCAAAGGAUCUCUCGGAUACGCUUGCGCGUAUCCUUGGCAAAUACGAAAAUCUCCUGCAAGUGGCGAUCCGUAAGAUCACAGGUGGCCCCCUCGUUUGUUCUGGAGAUGUGAUAUUCCAGAAACCAGCACCAAGCAACAAGGACGUUCUCCGGACUCUGGCGCGUGCGGUCGAUCCCAAGAAUUUCCUAGAUUCCUCCGGUUUUCAAGUGGAUCGGUUCUCCUUUACUGUGGCAGGUGCUGGGCUCGAGCCUUCCUUGAAAAGACCAGGUGUCCCUGUCUAUGCUGUGGUCCUCAUCCUUAUGUUUCUCCUUGCUGUAAUUGCUGUGCCCACUUUCCUUUGGCUGAUGGAUGAAUGUACAAUGCCAAUAGUGGAUUCUUUUAACGUGGUGGAAGUGGCAAGCAGGAGAGAACAGUGA